AUGUCUGCCCCCACCCUUCAGGCAUAUCCCAAUGCUGUCCCACAGAUAAGCAGAGAUUGCCAAGAGCUAGAGCCCUCUAUUGGUGAGCAGUUGGCUUCCCUUCUGUAUCUCGAGCCAGACAGGAAGAGUCUCAAAAGACUCUAUUUGAGUCUCAAAGGCGCUUCGUCCACUCAGUUCGUAAAGAGGGAGAGAGAGAGAAUUUGCGAGGAGUCAACGGAGGCAUCAACGAUCAUUAAGAAGGAGGAUGAGGCGAUCUCAAUUGCAGCAGAGUCAAAGCGAGAGGAAGAAAAGGCAAAAGGAGUCAAUCUGGAGAAGGGGAAUGAGGACCCUGACAUUGUCCCAUUCGAGGACAACGAAGAGGAAGAAGAAGAAGAGAGUGAGGAAGACGAUGAAAACUACGGCCAGGGAUUCGGGGCUGCAGCUCAAGGUAGAGGAAGGGGCGGAGGAAUGAUGUGGCCUCCUCAGAUGGCUUUAGCACGUGGGGCCAGGCCUCUCCCUGGGCUCCGGAGUUUUGCCCCUGGUAUGAUGGGUCCUGAUGGAUUUUCUUAUGGAGCCAUCACACCUGAUGGUUUUCCUAUGCCCGAUGUUUUCGGUAUGGCUCCCCGUGCUUUCGCUCCAUAUGGCCCAAGAUUUUCUGGCGAUUUUGCAGGUCCUGCCUCUGGCAUGAUGUUUCAUAGCCGACCCUCCCAGCCCAGAAACUUUCAGGCCAGUGGAUUUGGGAUGAUGAUGGGUCCAGGUCGUGCUCCUUUCAUGGGUGGGAUGGGCAUUGGGGCUUCAGGCACAGCUAGAGGUGGUCGACCAGUUGGUAUGUCCCCGAUGUUUCCACCACCAGCAUCACAACCUUUUCAAAACUCCUACCGGGCAGUUAAGAGGGAUCAGAGGGCACCAGCUAAUGACAGGAAUGACAGAUACAGUGCUGGUUCAGAUCAAGGCAAGGGCCAAGAGAUGGCAGGUGGUGGAGCUGAUGAUGAGGCACAUUAUCAGCGAAGAGUAAAAACCCAACCGGAGGAUCUUGGCACUGGAAACAGUUUCAAAAAUGAUGAAAGUGAAAGCGAGGAUGAGGCACCCAGAAGGUCAAGAGAUGGGGAAGGAAAGAAAAAGAGGCGAAGCUUGGAGGGACAUGCUGCCACUGGCUCUGAUCAACAAGUCUAG